UCAGUAUAUACUCGGUUAGUGGCCGUAAACUCGAUGAGAGGACGCGCUGAGACAGCCACUUAGCGGUCACCUGUGGUCAAUUCAGGACCCGCUGUGAUAGGUCAGGAUUGGUGUUACUGGAUUAUCGAUCCAUCACCUCCCAGAUUGAUGCUAUUGAUUACUGAUGUGGUUCUUAUGAUGAGGACUCUGGGCAUUCCUGGUGCAUUCCAGAAGUCUCCUAUUCCUGACGCUCUUCCUUGACCUCGAUGAAAACGUCACUGAGGUCAAAGGAAGUCUGGCGUGUUGAAACUACAAUGUGCAGAAGACAAACUACAAAAGGCUGGUCUAGCUUCACCACAGGGAAGUUCCUCCUCCAACAUGGCUGACCCCUGGCAGAACGCCAUGGACCACGCUGUCGCCGUGGCACGAAAAGCUGGAGAGGUGGUGUGUGACGCUCUGCGUGGCGACAGGGCAGUGAUGACGAAGAGUUCGGUGGUGGAUUUAGUGACGCAGACCGACCAGAAGGUGGAGCAGCUCAUCAUCCAGUCAGUGAAGGAAAAGUUCCCCACCCACAGGUUCAUAGGGGAGGAGUCAGUGGCUGCAGGUGAGCCCUGCGUCCUCUCUGACUCGCCCACCUGGAUCAUCGACCCCAUCGAUGGCACGACCAACUUCGUUCACGCGUUUCCUUUUGUUGCCAUUUCCAUCGGAUUCGCCAUCAACAAACAGGUGGAGUUUGGCGUUGUCUUCAGCUGUGUGGAGGACAAGAUGUUCACGGCGAGGCGGGGAAAGGGAGCAUUCUGUAACGGCGAGCCGCUGCAGGUGUCCCGGCAGGAAGCCGUGGAACAGGCGAUGGUGGCCACGGAGUUUGGAUCGGACAGAGACGCCGACGUUGUUGAUAAAAUCUUCCAAAGCCUCCGAAACAUCCUCUGCCUCCCCGUUCACGGGGUGCGCGGGGCGGGUUCCGCCGCCAUCAACAUGUGUCUGGUGGCGUCGGGCUGUGUGGAGGCGUACUACGAGAUGGGGAUCCACGUUUGGGACGUGGCUGCCGCGUCGUUGAUCGUGUCCGAGGCUGGCGGCGUGCUGAUGGACGUUGAUGGUGGCGACGUGGACCUGAUGUCCAGGAGGAUCAUCGCCGCUAAUAGCAAAACAAUUACAGAGCGACUCGUCAAAGCGAUCGUCCCCUUCAGUCUGCCCAGAGACGACGCCACACCACCGAAGAAGAGCUAAACACACACUGACAGGUGUGAGAAGGAGCACACCUUCCUGUUUGGAAAGUUUAAAUAAAAGUUUUCUAUGAAAGCA